GCAGGAGGAGCUCUGCCUGAUCAGAAACGCGUGUGAGAGAAAAAAGAACGCGUGUGAGAGAAAGAGAAAGAGAAAGAUCAGAUGGGGAGUGGGUUGGAGUCUUUUGUGAAGAUCCCAACGAUUAAGUUCACCAAGCUGUUCAUCAAUGGAGAAUUUGUUGAUUCCAUUUCAGGGAAAACAUUGGAGACUAUUGAUCCAAGAACAGGAGAGGUUAUAGCGAGAGUUGCAGUAGGAGAUAAGGAAGAUGUUGAUUUGGCCGUCAAGGCUGCGCGUCAUGCUUUUGACUCUGGCCCAUGGCCCCGCUACUCUGGCUCUGCGAGAGCAAGGAUAAUGAUGAAAUUCGCGGACUUGAUUGACCAAAAUGUGGAAGAACUAGCUGCCUUGGAUACGCUUGAUGGUGGGAAAUUGUUUAGUAUGGGCAAGGCCGCAGACAUUCCCAGGGCGGCAAGUAUCCUUCGUUACUAUGCGGGUGCAGCUGAUAAAAUUCAUGGAGAAGUACUGAAAAUGUCCCGUGAAUUUCAUGCAUACACGUUGCGUGAGCCUAUUGGCGUCGUAGGACACAUUAUCCCAUGGAACAUCCCUAGUGGCUCCUUCUCCAUGAAGGUUAGCCCUACUUUAGCCGCUGGGUGCACUAUGGUGGUCAAGCCAGCUGAGCAAACUCCUCUCUCAGCUCUCUAUUAUGCUCAUCUUGCUAAGCUUGCUGGUAUCCCUGAUGGGGUGAUCAAUGUUGUAACCGGAUUUGGACCAACAGCUGGGGCUGCGAUUAGCUCUCAUAUGGACAUUGAUGCGGUGAGUUUCACUGGCUCCACUGAAGUAGGACGCAAAGUAAUGCAAGCAGCAGCAACAAGCAAUUUGAAAGUGGUUUCACUUGAAUUAGGAGGCAAGUCUCCUCUCAUAAUUUUUGAUGAUGCUGACAUAGAUAUAGCUGCUGAGUUGGCUCUUAGAGGCAUCCUACAUAACAAGGGAGAAGUAUGUGUGGCAAGUUCUCGUGUUUAUGUCCAAGAAGGGAUAUAUGACGAACUUGUGAAGAAAUUAGUUGCAAAGACAAAAGCUUGGGUAGUUGGGGAUCCUUUUGAUCCCAAAGUUCAACAAGGACCUCAGGUCGAUAAGAAGCAGUUUGAAAAAAUCCUUUCCUACAUUGAGCAUGGCAAGAGAGAAGGAGCCACACUCUUAACUGGUGGCAAACCCUUGGGUGGGAAGGGAUAUUACAUUGCGCCUACAAUUUUCACAGAUUUUAAGGAAGAAAUGCUUAUAGCCAAGGAUGAAAUAUUUGGACCGGUUAUGGCCCUUGCCAAGUUCAAAACAAUUGAUGAGGCAAUUGAGAGGGCAAACAAGACCAGAUAUGGGCUAGCAGCGGGUAUCAUGACAAAGGACUUGAAUGUGGCUAACACCGUCUCAAGAUCAAUUCGUGCGGGCACCAUUUGGAUCAAUUGCUAUUUUGCUUUCGACAAUGACUGCCCUGUUGUAGGGUAUAAGACGAGUGGGUUUGGAAGUGAUUUGGGAUUAGAAGCCCUUUACAAAUAUUUAAAAGUUAAGUCGGUUGUUACUCCCCUUUAUAAUACUCCUUGGCUAUAAAUUAGUAUUAAAAGCCUCUCAAACAAGAAAUAAGAGGGGUAAAAGGUGUAAUAAUGUAUAAUAAACCAAAGUUGUGUGUAUUUGUGUAACUUGGGACUUUGAAGAAAAUCAAUAUCCUAAAUUUUGAAGUUUUUCUA